AUGAACCCAGUCCUUUCACAUUUCCCCCUCCGUGUGUCCGGUGACCCAGAAGCGAUUAUUUGUGGAAUAUAUGGCGUGGGAGUUGCACUCAGCCCCGGAGCUGAACGCGCUUUGCUAGAUUGGAUCCCAGUGAAUAGUCGUCUUUGCGCCUCCUGGUUAUCCACUUCAAGCACAAUGCCUCGGCAUAAAAAGCGGUACCUGUUUGUAGUGUCGGCUUAUGCCACAACGGACUGCAGUUCUGAGGCGAAGAAGAAUACUUCCUAUCAAGAGCUAUCCGGGCUCAUUCUUCAGGCAAAAAGCACUGACACUGGGAUCCUUGCAGGCGAUUUGAAUGCUCAAGUAGGUCGUCUGAGCUUCUUGGAAUCACAUUUGGGUAGUCGAUUCGGAGUCGAUGCUCGCCGCGCAAAUAACGGAGAUCUACUCCUUCAGUUGUGUGCUGACCAUGAACUGUUCCUGGCAAGUACGAAUUUUCAGCAUAAGCGUUUGCAUUGUGUAACCCGCGGGCAACGAGUUCGAUGGCGCACGCAAAUCCCUCAAACGCCAACUACUGAAGAGUCUAAGGAAAGACCAAGAGCUCUGGUUGACGUCGAAAGCUCGGGAGAUGGAAAAGGUUUUUGCUACGGGAAACAGCCGUGCCCUACAUCAACUGAUACAUCGAUUGGCCCUAGGAAAGCAACAGUCAGCGAAACAAUAAGUGGAAAAGAUGGCUCACUAAUUCACUCGCAAAAAUGUCGACUGGAAAGAUGCGCCGAACACUUCGAAGAACAGUUCAGCUGGUCCCCUGCAACACAGCCUGUGGAGAUAGCGCAUACGGGCGAAUGGAAUGUAAACCUUGAUCGCCCUUCGGAAGAAGAAAUAAGGUACGAAGUAGCCGCACUGAAACGUGAGAAGGCACCAGGACCAGACGGUCUGUACCCAGCCCUCUUCAAAGAAGGCGGAAAUUCCCUGGUGACCCACUUGACAAAGCUUAUUGGUACUAUGUGGGACGAAGAGCAAGUGCCUGCAGAAUGGGGCAUGUCGACACUUAUUGAAGAUGACGCUGACGCACCACCAGCCAAGCCUGCAUCACAUUUAGAUAUCAAUUUGAAGGCACGAACUGCCGCGUUAUUAGAAGAGGAAGCUGCCGCCGCGAGUGAGGCAAAGCAACGUCGUUCUGGUUUUUCUGCUGGUGAUGACGAUAGCGGACGCCCUGCACGUGCGAAAAGCAGUUCCGAUGAUGGCGCUGUGAAGCCGGAAUCUGGUGGAACCGAAGUCCUAAGCAAAAAGAAGCUGAAACGGCUCAAUCGGCCAAGUGUGGCUUCGUUAAAGCAAAUGGUCACCCGACCGGAUGUUGUCGAGAUGUGGGAUGUGUGUGCACGCGAUCCUCUUUUGCUCGUGCACCUGAAGGCAUACCGUAACACGGUCCCCGUGCCUCGGCAUUGGUGCGCGAAGCGAAAAUAUUUGCAAGGUAAAAGAGGGUUUGAGAAACCGCCGUUCCGACUGCCGGACUUCAUCGCUCGGACCGGCAUAAUGGAGAUGAGACAAACGGUUCAAGAUAAGGACUCGGAGAAGACACUGAAAACAAAAAUGCGUGAAAAAAUCAGGCCGAAAGUCGGCAAAGUCGAUAUCGACUAUCACAAGUUGCACGACGCCUUUUUCAAAUAUCAAACCAAACCCAAGAUGUCCAUUCAUGGCGAUUUGUACUAUGAGGGAAAGGAGUUUGAGGUGAAACUGAAGGAGAAAAAACCAGGCAAUCUGUCCGAGGAGUUGCGUGCUGCCCUAGGGUUGCCGUCUGGAACGGGGGCCGAGCGAUACCCGCCUCCUUGGCUGAUUGCAAUGCAGCGCUAUGGCCCACCUCCAUCCUAUCCGAAUCUGAAGAUUCCUGGACUGAAUGCCCCGAUUCCUGACGGGUGCGCGUUUGGCUACCACCCAGGUGGGUGGGGCAAACCUCCUGUGGACGAACUGGGUCGUCCGGUUUACGGAGAUGUGUUUGGGAAUGGUGGUAACAUUGCUGGCGUGCCCCCACCCCCACCCGCACCAAGUUCGCUGGAUGAUGCAGAUGAACAAAUUGCCCAAGGCACUGUCAGCUUCUGGGGCGAAUUGGAGUCCGAUGAAGAGUCAGAAGGUGAGGAUGAGGAGGACAUGGAUACAGACGAGGAGAUGGGUGCCGAAGGGAUGGCGGCUUCGUCUCUCGCCGAUACAGAAAAAGUGCUCGUCACUCUGCCUGGGGCGGGAGUGGCUCGUCCUGAACUGGAUUUGGGUGGUCUGGUUACUCCCGCUAGUGGCUUGAUCACACCAAGUGGCGUUUCCAGCGUCGGGCUGGGCUUGGAGACUCCACAGAGCACAAUUGAGUUGCGAAAGAAGACCAUAGAGGAAGCUAUGGAAGACAGCACAGGCUUGGUGACUCCCUCUGCACAAUUGUACCGCGUGUUGCCUGAACGCGAAACGGGCCUGCAGCCUAAUGCGCUAAUGGGUAGCACCAAGCUGUACGACGUCACCGGGGCCACUGGUGCUCAACGUGGUAUUGAGGCUGAGGAUCCGCGUGCUCAAAUGCUUCAGAAGCGAGUCUCCGGUACGGAGUCCCAACAAAGUGUGGCUGGCGGUUUGAAAUCUGGUGGUGGGAGCGUCCUAUCCACAUCACAGCUGGAAGCUCCGCUGCAGACGGCGGCCAAGAAGUACAAGGAAUUCAAAUUUUGACCUUUUUUAUGGGGUUCUAUUCCCAUUCUCUUAUUCUCUUUGAAAAAUCACCAACCGGGCUUGUUUUUCGUGAGCUUUGUUCUCGUUUGCAAACGUCCCAUUGCCAUUCUUUCUUGUGUACAUAUUAGUAAUGAAAGACAUAACAGAAAAAUGUAGUACCUUCCUUUUUUCCUCCAAAACCGGAUAGUCUCGCUCAUUGAGAUCUCUCUCGGACUGAUUUUCCUCAAGCGAUCAGAGGAUGGCCUGGUUUCUCACGUUUCAACAUGUCUCGACGAUUUGACGUCAGAUUCAAAUCAAUUAACAACGGACUGUUCGCUUUAUGCAAUCAUUUGAACUCGGAUAAUUGUAACCAAUUCAUCAACCAGCUCUUCUUGAGGUUGCAUCCUAACGGUAUAUGUUUUCUCGCAUUUUUCGCGUCAAACCAGGUGAGUAGAUUUCACAGUGUUUCCAGAAGUAGGGAAG